AUGUUGAAGACGCUGUGCCGCCAGCCUGAAAGGCCAGGAUCUUUCGCCAAGCAUAUCGUUGCCAGAAACCCGAGUGGCGGCGAGUGCAUUUACAGCAGCAAAUACGGAAGUGCACACUACCAGAAGUGGUCGAUCCACUUGCUCGCAUCCGCGUGGUUAGAUGCUGUGGUGACAUAA